AUGACGCUGCGAAGUCCAUCGCUUCGAAAUGUUCCGUUUAUGUUUAUUCGCGCAUUGGCACUUUUUGAUUUGAUAAGUCUAACAGCAAUUCUUCUACAUUUUUCACUUGAAUGGUUACAAAUUGAAUCUGAUAUAGUUAUUUUUUAUGAAGUUUGGGUACAAGAUGUUUUAAUUAAUUCUUUUUUGGUUGCUGGUUUAUAUUGUGCUGUUUUGUUAACAAUUGAACGAUUUUUAUUAAUUCGAAAACCUUUAUCAACUGGAAGACGUCUUUUAAGUAUAGAAAAUACUGUUUUGGUUAAAAUUGGUUUUGCUUUGUUAGCUGCUUUAUUAUUGCAUGCACCUAUGUCUUUACAGUGGCAAGCAAAAUGUUCGGAAUAUGAGCCUUUAAUUAAUAAUAAUGAGAAUAAAGAAAUCGAAGUCCACAAAGUAAGCUGCCUCCAUUGGGCUCGAGGGAAAUUCAACAAUAGAGAUUUAUUGUGCCGCGAACCUUUUUUUACUCUUUACAAUUAUUACAAAAUGGGACGUGAAUUGUUAAGAUUUUUCUGUGUUUUAUUGCUGGUUAUUUUAAAUGCUGUUAUUGCUAGACAUUUACAGGUUGCAAAGAGAAAUCGUCGUUUAUUAAUUAAACGUGUUAGUAUGACAACAACAGGAACUGAAGCAUCCGCAGUAGUAGAUCACAAACCUCCUCCUCUACAACACAACCAAAUUCAAAGAAAUAAUAGUUCUGCAAAUUCCCCAAUUUGUUCAAAUUGCCAUCAGAGACAUCAACAAAAUUUAAAUUGUUAUCAACAUCCAAAUGCUCGAGCAGCAAGUUCUUCACCUCCAGAUACUUAUUUUCAACAACAACAUUUUAAUAAUAAUAAUGAGCAGCAACAGCCUUGUCAUAUACGCCCAGCAACUCCAAGUAUAAGCAACAAUCGAAGAGAUAUAAAUACUUUAAUGCGUUCAUUUACUGAAAAGAAAUUGACUGCUUUAAUGGUGGCUAUUUGUGUUAUUUUUGUUGUUGGCAAUAUACCACAGAUGGUUGUAAUGGCAAUGCAAAACGAGUCUUUAGACAAUGCUUUUAGUUUUCAAGUUUUUCGUCAAGUAGCCAAUACAGCUGAAGUAUUAAACCAUUGCCUCAACUUUUUUAUUUUUUGUAUGGCCUCUUCAGAAUAUUGUCGAGCAUUUUUGUCACUCAAACCUGUUCAUUGUUUACUCCGCUAUUUUCCUUUUUGUAAUGCUUUGGCACAUGCAAGAAUUAGUGGUUCUGUUAGACGCCGCCUAGAACGAACUCAUCAAUUAAUGCUUGGAGUUGGAAAUGUUCACGAGGCAGCAGCAUUAAAUUGUGAUGUAAAAAGAAGUUUAAGUAAAAAAUCAUCUAUUGGAAUUAUUUUGACAAAUUCUGAAAAUGGAAGUAGUGGAGGUGGUGGAAAUUCUGGUUGGUUUGGCGGAGGCGACGUCAAUCAAAAAUUGUGGCGAUAUCGUCGUGAUAAUUCUGUUACAAAUGAAAGUAACAGUGGAGGGGGUGGUGUUGGAGGUGUUGGACGCCCUCGUGGAUCAAGUGGAACUUCGUGCACUUUAAUGGUUGAACGUAAAUCUUCGAGCAACUUAACCACAACAAAUGGAGGGCCGAACAGUCAAGAAUUUUGGCAAAAUCAAAAUUUUUCUGCCCAAGUGCAGUUGCUUACAUGUAGUGGUGGUAAUUUUAACAAUAAUACCACCAUUGAUGCAAGAACUGCAACAGCAACAGAUGAAAAUUGUAGUAUAACAGAGAGUGCUACAGCAGACGAUUUUCUUUAA